AUGGCUCAGAAUGCGCGUAAGGUUUGCUUUAUGUGCAAGGCUGCCUGAGAGACGGUAGCAACCGAAGACUGCGUUAUUUUUGAGCCCUAGUCUUGACAGACUGAUUUCAACCGAUUGUCUUAUGCAGGCCGUGAUCAAAUCAGCCAGGCUCAAGUCCUAAGACAACCUCUGCCGCGAAUGAAUCGUUGUUUGACCAGUCUGCGCCGCCGGACAACCUAUUAAUUUGAAUAUUUGCUUAUAGAAUUUUUUCUUAAUUUUGUUACUCCUUUCUAGGCCCUAUAGCCGGAAAAGAUGCAAAUUGAAGUUAUUAUUAUUUUCUGUACAGUAAUUAAUACAGCAGCCGCAUUACUGGACGAUUAUCAUUGCGGAACAAGCAAGUUUACCAAGGUUCUGUCGUACAUCGCCAGUUCAAUGUGUGAGCGGGAUAAAUGUAAGGAUUUGAACAUAGUAAUACUAUAUAUUUUAACUCUAUAUACAUGCAUGUAUAUACAUUGCUAUCGACACAAAAUUUGCUUUAUAAAUUUCUUCCAGUAAACUCCUGCUGCUUGGCGCACGACCGCUGCUAUGACCGGCAUUACUACGAGAACGAUGACAGCUCCAUGACCCAGUGUGAUUACGAAUUCAGAAGCUGUAUUCGAAAAUCUUACAGACAAAGCGAAUUCCUGUGCAAUAAAAUUUUGGGAAUCACUCAUGGAUCUUUCGUGGUGUGGGUUGGAAGUGCUUACCGUAGUCUUUUCGGAGUCAAUCAGCCCGAAGAUCAUGGCCAUGGAAGGUAUCGACGGCAUUUGGCAAAUUAA